AUGGCUGCUUCACCUUCUUUAAAGAUUAAAUUAAAGCUAUCUGGACCCCGAGUUGUUGGUACAUCAUCACCACAACCGUCUUCUCCAGCUGCUUCCAUCAAGAGUGUAAAUAAAAGAGAGGACAGCGAGCCUUCGUCUUCAACAGAAAGUCCUCGCAAGAAAGCUAAACCAAACGCAAAUCGAAACCGCAAGCCCAAAACAGAGGGUACGCCUGUACCAGACACUCCUAUUACUGUUGAUGAUGACAAUACAGAAGAAGCUCCUAGUCAGAAUAGCAGGCGUGGAGGAGGUGGAGGUGGAGGCGGCAAUGGAGCUGGAUCAGGAGCAGCAGGACAAAACACUACACUUAUUUCUCGGAAAGAUUUACUGAAACACAAGGACAUCAAAGUGAGAAAAUGGAGCACGAAGCCACUUGUAUUUCACACAUUGAAAGGGUUCGAAUUACAAAUACCAACAUGGCAAUCAGAGGAGAAAAUGGCCAUCAAUGACAACACAACAGAGCCCAUUUCCGUAGCAGAAAUCGAUCAAUUGUUCUCAUCCACAGCAGGCGAGAAGGAUUUCCGUCCGUUUUUGUGUACACAGCCUGGAUGUUCCAAGUCGUUUACCACAUUCGACCAACUUCAAACACACGAAACCAACAUGCAUGGCGCAAAGAAAUUGGUCUGUAAUAUCGACGGUUGUCAUAAGAGUUUUGUUACAUCGGGUCAAAUGACAAAGCAUCGAAAAAUGGUCCAUUAUCGUGCUGCUAGAAAAGCGAAAAUGGAGGCAGCAGCAGCAGCAGAGGCAGCAGCAGCAGAGGCAGAUUCGACCAAAGCGGAUAAGGAUGAUGAUAUGGCUUCUACACCCAAUGCUAUAAACAAUGGCGACAAUGACAGUGUAGAUAUAGCGAACCUAUAA